AUGAGCACCAAGGAGAUGGGACCUGGGUCUCGGUGUGACCUUCUUGAUGAUAUUUUUGGUGAUUACAACUGGCGCAAGGUGUGCAAUCAAGGUGGCCUUGUUCAAGAAUGGACAAAAAUUGUGGAAGCGUGGGAAGCAGACCCAAAGAACGCUCCCAAUCGUCUUACGGUGACGCAACCGACAAUUUCUCAGGCAGCCGUACACUUGCAGCUGGCUGAGGAGGAUGCUGAACUUCUCAAGCGGGGGCUCAGGAUGAACAUUCACCACGAAGUGUCCCCAAGUAUGAUGAUAAUGGCUGGCUUAGAAUUGCAAGAGCAACAACAUCAUCUCAGGACAGAUAUUGCCGCGAUGACCCAACAUGCCACAGACCUCCAGCGUGUGAAGAUAAUUGAGUGGCGUAAUGCAUUGCAGCAGAAGAUUGACAAUUGGAUGGAAACUCAACAACUGUACAUGCCCGGGGUUGUAGGCUUGUGGACGGAGGAUAUCGCUGAGCGUGGUGCUGAACAAGAGGUGGCCGUGCAAGACAUGAAGCUCUAUCUGCCAUCUGAGGUGGUUGGCAUCGUGUUGGUGGGCCAGAUAUCGUGCGAUGACCAGCUGAGCAUCUACGAGUUUCACCUCCGUGUUGCUCAAGCUUUCAAUGUGCUCAAUGACAUGUGUUGCCACCUGCGCCUGUGGUCCCAGAUGUACAAGCUGAAGGAUCGGUUCGUGCAGGGUCAGCACCACAAUACAAGGGCAAAGACGACAAUUGCCGGUGUCCAGGAGAAGAUAGAUGCAGAUGUGGUGCGGUACCGACAUGCUUGCACUUCUGUGGUACAUCUCAGUCUGCUGCUCGUCGGUCACUGCAUGGUCCCACCUGACCUAAGGGUGCUGGAAGACAAGGAUAUUCGUGAGAUGAUAGAGGGAGAGGAAGGCGAUACAGAGGGAUGGCGGUCGCUCUCUUGGAUCUGA